UUGUAUUGUAAAAUAGGAGAGGAAUUGAAAUGUGAUUCUAUUGUGAAAUGCGUAAAAGCUGAAGGCUGAACAGUGAUUUAACUGCCAAUUGUAAGGUAUGAUGGUAUGAGGAAGACAACUUGGGAGGAACCUCACAAAGGAACCCAUCCUCCUCCUCAACACUGAAUGUCCAUUCAUUGUAGUUUAUUGUUGAGGUUUUCAGUUGUUCACUAAUGGACAUUUGAAGGACAUUUGUUCAUAUUAAUUGCACUGUUUAUAUGAAUUACAGUCUAAAGGUACUUAUAGUCACAUUACAUGUCCUUUUUCCUCUUGUUCCUUCACUUUCUUCUGAAAUAAAAAUAAAACAACAAAAUGCUGAUACUGGAGACUCCUUCAAAAAAAUCCCUAAACAUUUCCUCACAGAAAAUCUGACCAUAUCACGUAUUAUAUGUUUUUCUUAGAUAUAUUUAUUAUUAGGCUUAAAUUACUGUAAGCAUCCACCAUGUGAAGAAAACACUAACAGGUCUGUGUGUAAGGUGUUUUUAUAAAACUGAUUCAAAUUACAAUUAAAAUUAAUGCCAGAGAUGAUGAAGAAAAUGAGAAAAUGAAUAAACAAACUUCUGAGCUGAAAAUAAAUUAAAAUACAUUGUUUUGUAAAUAAACUGAACAAAUAGAUUUUCCACACAGAAACACAGGGGUGUGCUUUUGCACUCAACUCUAAUCUAAAGAUAUAAAGAUUAAUGAGUUUUGUUUCCUCAGGUAUAUAAACGAAUGGAAGCUCAUAUAAACCAAUCUUCACUAAUCCAGAAAAGUAGCAGCAGAUUUUUUGUUGUUGAUUCUGUAGAUUUCUUUCAAUGUCUUACAGCAGCCUCUGCUGGUGGACUGUUGACAUAUCCAUCUCUCUUCAGAGAUGAUCAGCAGGUGAUCUCAAUCCAGGACCUUCUGGAGUUCUCCCAGGCCACAAGGUUUCAUUUGAGAUCAAGACCAACUUCAGAAGUGCAGCUUUAUACAUGUGAUUUUGCUGUAGUAAAAAAAGUUUCAUUCUUACCACUUGCUGGUAGAAAACAAUGAAACUGGAGACUCCUUCCAUAAAAAAAGUCUCUUCAGAGAAAACUUCAGCAUAUGAAAUCUUCCUCCACACAACUUUUGAUCAGCUGUCAUGAACAGUUGUGAUGAAGGACUAAACUGAACAAUGUUGCUUGAUCUAACGCGAAUGCUUAGUUAUGCACGUCGUCAUCACGGUCUAAUUAAAAUGCAAAUUAAAUUAUGAUGUCAUCUGGAGUUUUCCGUGGACUCUUGAGAGCGCACUGGCUACUUUCCCCUAUAAGAGUUGAAUAGUGAACUUGCACAGAUACAGUUUCUCACCGUGAGGUCUCCAGAAAGAAAAUGAAAGCUCGAACCUUGCACCAGGAAGUGAAUGAUAAAGUCUACAGAAGUCGCACUGGUUUUGCACAACUAUUCAUUUCCCGACUGCUGUUUUGUAAGUAAACAUGGAUGUUCAGAAGUAUUUAAUGCGCCUGGGCUGGCCCGUGUCGUGUCCAUGCUCUCCAACGCUGGAGUCUCUGCGCUUUCUUCACCUCCAGCACCUGCUCUCGGUGCCUUUCGAAGACCUCACCAUCCACACCGGCGAGCGCGUGCGCCUCGAGCUGCCGCUCCUUUACGACAAAAUCGUGGUGAAGCGACGCGGCGGGUUCUGCUACGAAAACAACGGGCUGUUCUCCUGGCUCCUGUCUCAGCUCGGGUUUCAAGUGGAGAUCUUGUCUGCUCAGGUCAGGAAUCGGUUCACGGGCGUUUACGGACCUCCUUUUGAUCACCUGAUCAUGAAGGUGACCCUGGAGGGGGAAAGGUGGCUGUGUGAUGUGGGCUUGGGCGGGUUCCAGAUCCCUCUUUCUCUCGACGUGGAAACUCCUCAGACGCAGAGUCAUGGUGUGUAUCGGGUUCGAGCUCAUGGGAAUCUGCUUUUUGUGGAGACUCGAGCAGAGAGUGAAGACCCUUCAUCAUGGCUGGAGCUGUACAAGUUUACCCUUCAGCCAUGCCAAAGAGAGGACUUUGAAGCCAUGUGUGAGUACCACCAGACCUCCAUGAGCUCCGUCUUCUUCUGCAAGUCCCUCUGCACUCUCCUGCUACCAAACGGAAGGGUGACUCUAAUGGGCCGCAAACUGAUUACCAGCCUCCUGUCCGGCGAGGAUGGAGCACCAGUGAAGACCACCAAAGUAGAUCUUACUGAUGAAGAAAUCAUUAAAAUCCUGAGGGAGAAGUUUGGAAUAGUGCUGACAUCUCCACUGAUUAGUAAAGACAGUGACAUUGUGCCUCCAUCAGUAAAUUAUUAAAGUAAUUCCCUA